AAUAUACCGCCUAAGACUGUUUGGCACUAUGGGAACUGGCCCGUUUUGGAAGCUUUUGAUAAUAGUGAUUAUUUUCAUUUCGUGUACAAACUGUCAAGAAGCGUGCUCUGUACCGGACGUAAAUGAUGCUUCCAAAGAUUCUGGGGCAGCCAUUGCUUACAACACGACAGUUACGUACACAUGUGCAGUAGGUCACACCCAUACUAAUGGCGAUUUAGUAAGGACAUGUCAAGCUGUCGGCCAAUUAGAUGGGGUUUUCCCAACUUGUACCCGAGAUUCACGUGCUAUCAGACUACGUAACGGUACAACGCAAUUAGAGGGACGUGUUGAAGUACUUCACAAUGGAACGUGGGGUUCCGUCUGUGGGGAUGGUAUAGACACAAACUUUGCCAAGGUCGUGUGCCGACAGCUCGUAUAUGCUACUGACAAUGUGACGUUACGUUCUCAUGCCUAUUUUGGUGCAGGCAGUGGUCAGAUUUGGCUUGACGAUGUAACUUGUCAAGGAAAUGAGACUAUGAUCGACAUGUGUAUGUCAGGCCCAUGGGGACAGCACAACUGCGGACACAAUCAAGAUGUCGGAGUUACAUGUGCAAAUGCUAUAAGACUACGUAACGGUGCAACGCAAUUAGAGGGACGUGUUGAAGUAUUUCACAAUGGCACAUGGGGUACGAUCUGUGAUGAUGGUAUUGACAUAAACUUUGCCAAGGUCGUAUGUCGACAGCUCGGAUAUGAUACGGACAAUGUGGCGGUACUUUCGAAACCUUAUUUCGGUGCAGGUACUGGCCCGAUUUGGCUGGACGAUAUUGGCUGCCAAGGAAACGAGAGCGUGAUCAACUUGUGUAUCACCAGACAAUGGGGACAACACGACUGUGGACAUCAUGAAGAUGUUGGAGUUAUAUGUAUAGCCUGCACUGUACCUGACGUAGAUGACGGUUCCAAAGAUUCUUGGGCAACGAUCGUUUACAACACGACAGUAACAUACACAUGUGCAGUGGGUCACAUCCAUACUAAUGGCAAUUUAAUAAGGAAAUGUCAAGCUAACGGCCAAUUGGAUGGUGCUUCCCCAACUUGUACCCGAGUAGCCUGCACUGUACCUGACGUAGAUGACGGUUCCAAAGAUUCUUGGGCAACGAUCGUUUACAACACGACAGUAACAUACACAUGUGCAGUGGGUCACAUCCAUACUAAUGGCAAUUUAAUAAGGAAAUGUCAAGCUAACGGCCAAUUGGAUGGUGCUUCCCCAACUUGUACCCGAGGUUCAAGUCUUAUUAGACUGAUUAACGGCUUAACGCAGUUAGAGGGCCGUGUUGAAGUACUUCACAAUGGAACAUGGGGUACUGUCUGUGGGGAUGUUAUAGACAUACAAUUUGCCAAAGUCGUAUGUCGACAGCUAGAAUAUGCUACGGACAAUGUCACAGUACGUUCGAGUUCCUAUUUCGGUGCAGGUAGUGGUCAGAUUUGGCUAGACGAUGUUACUUGUCAAGGAAACGAGACUGCGAUCGACUACUGUAUGUCCAGUCCAUGGGGUCAGCACAAAUGCGGACACAAUGAAGAUGUCGGAGUUACAUGUAGUGCACAUGCUAUAAGACUACGUAACGGUGAAACGCAAUAUGAGGGUCGUGUUGAAGUACUCCACAAUGGAACAUGGGGUACAAUCUGUGAUGAUCAUACAGACAAAAACUUUGCCAAGGUCGUAUGUCGACAGCUCGGAUAUAAUACGGACAAUGUGGCGGUACUUUCGGAUACCGAUUUCGGUGCAGGUAAUGGCCCGAUUUGGCUGGACGAUGUUGUGUGCCAAGGAAACGAGAUUUCAAUCGACUUGUGUAUGUUCAAACCUUGGGGACAGCACAACUGUGGACAUGGGGAAGAUGUUGGAGUUAUAUGUAAAGCGUGCUCUGUACCGGACGUAAAAGACGCUUCCAAAGAUUCUGGGGCAGCCAUUGCAUACAACAUGAAAGUUACGUACACAUGUGCAGUAGGUCACAUCCAUACUAAUGGCGAUCUUGUAAGGACAUGUCAAGCUGUCGGCCAAUUAGAUGGGUUUUUCCCAACUUGUACCCGAGAUUCACGUGCUAUCAGACUACGUAACGGUACAACGCAAUUAGAGGGACGUGUUGAAGUACUUCACAAUGGAACAUGGGGUUCCGUCUGUGGGGAUGGUAUAGACACAAACUUUGCCAAGGUCGUGUGCCGACAGCUCGGAUAUGCUACUGACAAUGUGACGUUACGUUCGCAUGCCUAUUUCGGUGCAGGCAGUGGUCAGAUUUGGCUGGACGAUGUUACUUGUCAAGGAAACGAGACUGUGAUCGACAUGUGUAUGUCACGACCAUGGGGACAGCACAACUGCGGACAUAAUCAAGAUGUCGGAGUUACAUGUAGUUCACAUGCUAUAAGACUACGUAACGGUGAAACGCAAUAUGAGGGUCGUGUUGAAGUACUCCACAAUGGAACAUGGGGUACAAUCUGUGAUGAUCAUACAGACAUAAACUUUGCCAAGGUCGUAUGUCGACAGCUCGGAUAUAAUACGGACAAUGUGGCGGUACUUUCGGAUACCGAUUUCGGUGCAGGUAAUGGCCCGAUUUGGCUGGACGAUGUUGUGUGCCAAGGAAACGAGAUUUCAAUCGACUUGUGUAUGUUCAAACCUUGGGGACAGCACAACUGUGGACAUGGGGAAGAUGUUGGAGUUAUAUGUAAAGCGUGCUCUGUACCGGACGUAAAAGACGCUUCCAAAGAUUCUGGGGCAGCCAUUGCAUACAACAUGAAAGUUACGUACACAUGUGCAGUAGGUCACAUCCAUACUAAUGGCGAUCUUGUAAGGACAUGUCAAGCUGUCGGCCAAUUAGAUGGGUUUUUCCCAACUUGUACCCGAGAUUCACGUGCUAUCAGACUACGUAACGGUACAACGCAAUUAGAGGGACGUGUUGAAGUACUUCACAAUGGAACAUGGGGUUCCGUCUGUGGGGAUGGCAUAGACACAAACUUUGCCAAGGUCGUGUGCCGACAGCUCGUAUAUGCUACUGACAAUGUGACGUUACGUUCGCAUGCCUAUUUCGGUGCAGGCAGUGGUCAGAUUUGGCUGGACGAUGUUACUUGUCAAGGAAACGAGACUGUGAUCGACAUGUGUAUGUCACGACCAUGGGGACAGCACAACUGCGGACAUAAUCAAGAUGUCGGAGUUACAUGUAGUGCAAAUGCUAUUAGACUACGUAACGGGGCAACGCAGUUAGAGGGACGUGUUGAGGUAUUUCACAAUGGCACAUGGGGUACGAUCUGUGAUGAUGGUAUAGACAUACACUUUGCCAAGGUCGUAUGUCGACAGCUCGGAUAUGAUACGGACAAUGUGGCGGUACUUUCGGAAGCCUAUUUCGGUGCAGGUAAUGGCCCGAUAUGGCUGGACGAUGUUCUGUGCGAAGGAAACGAGACUGUGAUCAACUUGUGUAUGCUCAGACCAUGGGGACAGCAUAACUGUGGACAUAGAGAAGAUGUUGGAGUUAUAUGUAUAGUCUGCACUGUACCUGACGUAAAUGACGCUUCAAAAGAUUCUUGGGCAACGAUCGUUUACAACACGACAGUAACGUACACAUGUGCAGUGGGUCACAUCCAUACUAAUGGCAAUUUAAUAAGGAAAUGUCAAGCUAACGGCCAAUUGGAUGGUACUUCCCCAACUUGUACCCGAGGUCAAAUCGGUGAUUUGUGUACCACUGUCACCGACUUGUGUGACAAUCUCAUCAACGCUGAAUGUAGCGCACUAGGGAUCUGUAGUUGUUUGACUGGAUAUAAUGCCGUCAGUUCUUAUGCUUGUCAAGAAACUGACGAGUGUGCUUCGAAUCCUUGUAACAAUGGAGGCAUGUGUAACGACGCUAUCAACGGGUUCACAUGCACGUGCGAAGCCGGCUUCGAGGGAACCACGUGUCAAACAGAUAUAAACGAGUGCGCCUCGACACCUUGCGAGAACUUUGGCACGUGUACAGAUGGGAUCAACGAGUACACGUGCUCGUGUGUUGCGGGCUAUAAUGGACCAAAGUGUGGAAACAACAUCGACGAGUGUGCGUCGGUCACAUGUCAGAAUGGCGGCGUGUGUAAUGACGGUGUCAACUUUUACACGUGUAAUUGUGUGGCUGGGUACACCGGAAGCACGUGUCAAACAAAUAUCAACGAGUGUGCGGGUGUCAUCUGCAAAAAUGGCGGCGCGUGUUUAGAUGGUGUCAAUAUGUUUACCUGCCAAUGCCUCACGGGAUUCGAAGGGGCGGACUGUGGAACGAAUAUUGACGACUGUGUCACCAAUCAGUGUCAGAACGGCGCCACAUGUGUUGACGGUGUCGACGAUUACACGUGCGAGUGUGUCGAUGGAUAUUCUGGAACGUUCUGUCAAAUUGACGACGACGAUUGUGUAUCGCACGGGUGUUUGAACGGCGCGGCGUGUGUCGAUGAACCCGGCAGUUACUCGUGCAAAUGUGUUAGCGGAUACAGCGGGGAUUUCUGUGAAACAAACGACAAUGACUGCUCCACAAACCCAUGUCUGAAUAGUGGCGCAUGCGCAGACGGGAUCAACAUGUACACGUGCACGUGCAUUCCGGGAUACACAGGAACUAACUGUGAAACAGAUAUUAAUGACUGCAGCCCUAAUCCAUGUGAGAACGGUAUUUGCAGUGACCUGGUCUCCGAUUUCACGUGCGCCUGUACAGCUGGUUACACUGGCAAAACGUGCAAUGUCGAUAUUGACGAAUGCCUGCCUCCUCCAUGUCAACACGGUGGCACGUGCACAGACGCUGUUGACGGAUACCAGUGCACGUGUGCUGAUGGUUAUGAAGGAGUAGACUGUGAAACUAAUAUUGACGAGUGUGCCACAAAUACGUGUCAGAACAGCGGCACGUGUGUGGACGGUGUUGACGCGUUUACGUGCGAGUGUAUGGAUGGAUAUUCUGGAACGUUCUGUCAAAUUGAUGACGACGAUUGUGUAUCGCACGGGUGUGUGAACGGCGCGGCGUGUGUCGAUGGAACAAACAGUUACUCGUGCACGUGUUCUAGCGGAUUCAGCGGGGAUUUCUGCGAAACAAAUGAUAAUGACUGCUUAACUAACCCGUGCCAGAAUAGUGGCGCAUGCGCAGACGGAAUCAACACAUACACCUGCACAUGUAUCCCGGGUUACACAGGAACUAACUGUGAAACAAAUAUUUAUGACUGCAGCCCUAAUCCAUGUGAGAACGGUGCAUGCACCGACCUGGUCUUCGAUUUCACGUGCGCCUGUACAGCUGGUUACACUGGCAAAACGUGCAAUGUCGAAAUUAACGAAUGUCUGCCUCCCCCAUGUAAAAACGGCGGCACGUGCACAGACCUUGUUGAUGGACACUUUUGCACGUGCAAUGAUGGUUUUGAUGGGGACAACUGUGAAAACGAUAUUGACGAGUGUGCCACAAAUCCGUGUCAGAACAGCGGCACGUGUGUGGACGGCGUCGACGCGUUUACGUGCGAGUGUGUUGAUGGAUAUUCUGGGACGUUUUGUCAAAUUGACGACGAUGAUUGUGUAUCGCACGGGUGUUUGAACGGCGCCGCGUGCGUCGAUGAACCCGGUGGUUACACGUGCACGUGUUCCAGUGGAUUCAACGGGGAUUUCUGUGAAACAAACGUCAAUGAGUGCUCAACAAACCCGUGCCAGAAUGGUGGCGCAUGCACAGACGGGGUCAACAUGUACACAUGCUCGUGUAUCCCGGGUUACACAGGAACUAACUGUGAAACAAAUAUUAAUGACUGCAGCCCUAAUCCAUGUGAGAACGGUGCUUGCACCGACCUGGUCUUCGAUUUCACGUGCGCCUGUACAGCUGGUUAUACUGGAAAAACUUGCAAUGUCGAUAUCAACGAGUGUCUACCUCCCCCAUGUAAGCACGGUGGCACGUGCUCAGACAUUGUUGACGGAUACUUUUGCACGUGUGCUGAUGGCUAUGAAGGGGACAACUGUGAAUCUAAUAUUAACGAUUGCGCCACCAAUCCGUGUCAGAACAGCGGCAGGUGUGUGGACGGUGUCGACGCGUUUACGUGCGAGUGUGUGGACGGAUAUUCUGGAAUGUUCUGCCAAAUCGAUGACGACGAUUGUGUAUCGCAUGGGUGUUUGAACAGCGCUGCGUGUGUUGAUAAACCCGGCAGUUACACGUGCACGUGCGCUAGCGGAUACAGUGGGGAUUUCUGUGAAACAAACGAUAAUAACUGCUCUCCUAAUCCGUGCGUAAAUGGUGGCGCAUGCGCAAACGGGAUCAACACAUAUACAUGCACGUGUAUCUCGGGUUACACAGGAACUAACUGUGAAACAGAUAUUAAUGACUGCAGCCCUAAUCCAUGUGAGAACGGUGCUUGCACCGACCUGGUCUUCGAUUUCACGUGCGCUUGUACAGCUGGUUACACUGGCAAAACGUGCAAUGUCGAUAUUGACGGCUGCCUGCCUCCUCCGUGUAAACACGGCGGCACGUGCACAGACAUCGUGAACGGAUACCAGUGCACGUGUGCUGAUGGUUAUGAAGGAGUAAACUGUGAAACUAAUAUUGACGAGUGUGCCACAAAUCCGUGUCAGAACAGCGGCACGUGUGUGGAUGGUGUCAACGCGUUUACGUGCGAGUGUGAAGAUGGAUUUUCUGGAACGUUCUGUCAAAGUGACGACAAUGAAUGCUCUCCAAACCCGUGCCAGAAUGGUGGCGCAUGCGCAGACGGUAUCAACACAUACACAUGCACGUGUAUCUCGGGUUACACAGGAACUAAUUGUGAAACAAAUAUUAAUGACUGCAGCCCUAAUCCAUGUGAGAACGGUGCUUGCACCGACCUGGUCUUCGAUUUUUCGUGCGCCUGUACAGCUGGUUACAUUGGAAAAACGUGCAAUGUCGAUAUCAACGACUGCCUCCCUCCUCCAUGCAAACACGGUGGCACAUGCACAGACUUUGUGAACGGAUACUACUGCACGUGUGCUGAUGGUUUUGAAGGAGACACUUGCGAAACUAAUAUCAACGAAUGUCUGCCCAAUGUUUGUAAAAAUGGAGCCACGUGUGUGGAUCAAGUGAAUUCAUACACCUGCCAGUGUAUGGACGGUUAUGACGGGACAUACUGUGAACAAAACAUUGACGAGUGUGCGGCUAACUCAUGUCAGAAUGGCGCAUCGUGUGUGGACCAGGUUAAUGGCUACGUCUGUAUAUGCCUGGAUGGUUAUACAGGGACUUACUGUCAAACAGAUAUCAACGAUUGUUCCCCGAAUCCUUGCCAGAAUGAGGGUUCCUGUACGGACAAAGUGAACGGCUUCGAAUGUUCGUGUACGAACGGACACACGGGGGCAACUUGUAGAACUAGUCUGCUUGGCGACACAUGCACUGCAAAUUCGGGCAUAUGUGCGAAUAUUGUGUUUGGGGAAUGUAGCGGCACAGAAUGUGUGUGUCAGUCCGGGUACUACAAGACUGGACCCGACACGUGCAGCCCCGUAGACUGCGGGCCACUGUCAUCCCCGGAUAACGGCGCUGUUGAUCAGACCGGUGGCACAACGUACACGAAGAUCGCACUUUUCUCGUGCAAUACGGGAUAUGCGCGGAUCGGUGUCGCCUCUGUCACGUGCCAGAGCAAUAUCACGUGGAGCGGCACCACGCCCGUUUGUGAAGAUAUUGACGACUGCCUGCCUUCUCCAUGUAUUAACGGUGGCGUGUGCACAGACAUUGUAGGCGGAUACACCUGCGCGUGUGCUGAUGGCUUUGAUGGAGACAACUGUGAAAAUGAUAUCAACGAAUGUCUAUCCAAUCUAUGUAAGAAUGGAGCCACGUGUGCCGAUGAAGUGAACUCAUACACCUGCCAGUGUGUGGACGGCUAUGAUGGGACAUACUGUGAACAAAACAUUGACGAUUGUGUGACUAACUCGUGUCUGAACGAGGCUUCGUGUGUGGACGAGGUAAAUGGCUACGUGUGUAUCUGCCUGGAUGGUUAUACAGGGACUUACUGCCAAACAGAUAUUAACGAGUGUUCUUCGAAUCCUUGCCUGAAUGGGGGUUCCUGUACGGACAGGGUGAACAGCUUCGAGUGUUUGUGUACGGACGGACAUACAGGGGACACAUGUAGAACUAGUAAGAGCUGGAAUUAG